AUGCCGCGCGACGACGACGGCGACGACUGCAAGCGGUCGAGCAAGGCCUGCGAGUCCAAGGGCGACGACGACUACGUGACGGCCGUCGGGUCGGCGCUGCCGUCGGCCGCGGAGCCCAAGGCCGCGCUGGGCCUGCGGGGGCUCGACAUCUCCGCCGUGGUCAAGAGCGAGCGGAACCCGCGGCCCUGCGCGGAGCACGAGCGCGUCGAGCGGGCGCUGGACGCGCAGGUGCUCGUCGUCUUCGAGCUGCCGGACGGGAGCGAGGGCGAGAAGCACUUCAAGAUGGGCCACACGGUCGAGGUGCUCAAGAGCUUCGUCGAGGAGGAGUUCGAGAUCCCCAUGGGCGUCCAGUCGCUCUACCUCGACGAGACGCUCAUGCUCGACCCCCUGAGCCUCUCCGACUACCCGGCCAUCGACCCCGCGCGGGACUGCUUCGUCCGCGUCGGCGGCGAGAUCCCGGAGCAGGCGCAGAAGAAGUAA